AUAAGGGAGGAAAAAUUUGUUCGCUAGUUUGAAACUUGUUUCGUAAGAUUUUAAAACUUAGUUAUUACGAUCUCCUUUCAUAAAUUUAAAAUAGACAAGCAGAGGAGGAAGAAUAGCGCUAAUUUUCGAUGGAGAAGAUAUAUUAAUUAAAUGAAAAGAGUAUUGUUAUAAUGCUGAAUUAUCGGCAUUAUAAUCGACGAAUCUGGCGUCACGCGCGCAUGAUGGCGCCACGCGCUCGCGCUUGCUGCUGCCCCCCGCAAGGUUCUUCGGAGUUGUCUAUCGCGCUGUUGGUGGGCCAUAAAAUCGGCCAUUACUCCACAUUUUUGUCGCGUACAAGUGGCCACUAUUCUCAAUGGAGAAAUCGCGAUCGCGCUGGUGAGCUCUUCCAGCGGUCUGUAUGAUGUCUGAUGCCACGGAAAGCAUGAUCGGGAACAGGACGAUGCCGAACAUCAAGCAGGAGAUCGAUAAUCCCACAACACCCACACAAAAUUAUCAAGUGUGUUCGCCUACCACGACUCUCCAACAUCAGGAGUCGAUAUGCACGAAAUUGGACAUUGCGCCGGAUUAUGGCGGUAGCAGCGGCAGUCCCGAGAGCCCAGAGAUGCAUCAUUGUUCUUCAACGACGCAGCCUUUGGGAACUCCAGAGGACGGUGUUAAGGAGGAAGACAUGAUACCCAGACGACUCUGCCUGGUUUGUGGAGAUGUCGCGAGUGGUUUUCAUUACGGAGUCGCCUCGUGCGAGGCGUGCAAAGCCUUCUUCAAGAGAACUAUACAAGCCAUUAAAUUUGCAGGUAACAUCGAGUACACGUGUCCGGCGAAUCGCGAGUGCGAGAUAAACAAACGGAGGCGGAAAGCGUGCCAGGCGUGCAGAUUUCAGAAAUGCCUGCGCCAAGGAAUGCUGAAGGAAGGCGUCAGGUUGGAUCGCGUCAGAGGUGGCCGGCAAAAGUACAGGAGGACGGAUCCUUACACCUCGGCCAAGAGCGCCACGUUAGAGGGGAACAUGUCUGUAACGAUAGACAUCACACCGCUCUCGAGGGACGCCAUUAACUCGAAUUAUUCAAUGUUUCAAGCUAACGUAGCGUCGGGAGGUCCUACCGACACGAUAAAGACACUCGGUGUCUCGUUAUCUUUUCCAGAUAACAAGAUGGUCGAGGCGCUAGCAGCCUGCGAGCCGGACAUGCUUCAAGUAUCCAGUAUCUCGCACACGUUGGAGAUGGAUCAGAGAGUCCUCGGACAGCUGUCUGAUCUUUAUGAUCGAGAAUUGGUCGGCAUAAUCGGUUGGGCCAAGCAGAUCCCGGGAUUCGGCGAUCUAGCGUUGAACGAUCAGAUGCGGCUCCUGCAGAGUACCUGGGCCGAGAUAUUAACCUUCACUCUAGCAUGGAGAAGCACACCGAAUACCGGCAGAUUGAGAUUCGCACAAGAUUUUACGCUGGACGAGAGACUCGCACGUGACUGUCAUUGUAUGGAGCUGUACACGCACUGCAUACAGAUCGUCGAAAGGAUUCAGCGACUGGGCCUGACGCGCGAGGAGUACUACGUGCUGAAGGCACUGAUCCUAGCAAACAGUGACGCUAGAUCCGACGAGCCGCAGGCGCUCUACCGUUUCCGGGACUCAAUCUUGAACUCCCUGUCUGACUGCGUGGCGGCAGUGAGGCCCGGACAGGCUCUGCGCGCCACACAGAACAUGUUCCUAGUGCUGCCCAGCCUGAGACAGGCCGACGGGAUCGUCAGACGUUUCUGGUCCAGCGUGUACAGAACCGGCAAAGUACCGAUGAACAAGCUCUUCGAGGAGAUGUUGGAGAACGUUUGCUAUCGAUGAGAUCACACCGUUGCACCGUCGCUCGACCUGCACAUUCGCACUAUCGCGAAUCCGAUAACUCAGCCAUCCACCGCCGGGAUCACGUCGUGAUGGUGUCUACCGUCAACCGACCACACACUAUUGUACAUCGUUAUUGGAUAAUGAGCUGUUCCGAGCGUAUCGUUGCGAUGUCAAAGACACCAGUGAGUGAAAAAAACUAGUGCGUAGAAGGAAAGAAGUUAUCAGGAGGGAGGGAAGGAAGAUGCCCUUCUGCGAUCCUUUCUAUUUUUUAAUAGAUUCGUGAAUCUGUCUUUAUGUUUUGUUCUCGUUUUUCUUUUGCGCGCGGAAAGACUAAAAGAUUUCAAGAGAGCCGAUGGGGUUUGGCCAGUGCUUCAUGGUGAUCAAUGUCGCGAUUCGCGCGGAUUGCUCCCAAGACCUACGGAUACGCGCGUAGCCUUUGUUCGGAGUAUCCAAACUUUCCUUUUCGAGUACCCCAUUUACAGGUACAAAAUGAGAGAAAGGAUGGAAGGAAGAAAGUAAGAAAAAAAAGAAAGGUGUAGCUUUGUUACAGGAACGUGUAGUACAAGAUGCGAGAAGACUUUUUCAGAGUACUCAUCUUAGGAUAGCGUGUGGAGGCCAAUGAUCGGCUUCGUCGUCGUCGCAUUACCAAAUAAAAAGCGUUUUCGUUUGAUUGUCACGAUGAAAAAAAAAACCGAGUAAUAUGUAGUAACUGUGGGUGUUUAACGUUGUACAUCGUAAUAACAUCGCUGGUUUAAGGAUCAAAAAUCAAAAUCAUUGUUAUCGAACGGCAUUUUCUCUUGAUUUUACUAUUCAUUUCAUUUUAUGUGUUGUUUUCUUUUCUCUCUUUUUUUUUGUUCGAUGUAUUUAGACGGGAGGGUUCCCCCGUGCGCCCUCGGCGUGAUGUAUAUUGCCUCGUUUGCAUUAGCACUUGUAAUUAUAAUAAUACCUUAAAUGUGAAAAAGAAUUGAGUAACGUUAAAUCUCUCUCGAUAUAUUUGUGAUAGCUGUAUUGUGAACAUCCAUAGUUAUAUAGCGAUGUAGAAUACAUCUUUGUACAUUAUCGUAGAAUACAUCUUUGUACAAUAUGUAAACGAGAACACACAGUUAACGGGCGCGAAAAUUAUGCGAGAGCGGAUAAAGGCACAUCGGUAGGGAGGAACGGACGGAUCAUUCCUCGCUGCCGACUUGGGUCUUGGGUCUCGAUAUUGGGCGAGGAGUUAUUUCCCCGAGGAUGGACUUAUCUGGCCAGGUAUUAUAUUGCCAUAUUACCGCGGUUUUCGCCGACGAAAAUGUCAACCCAGUUGUUAAUAUGAUAAACGCGAUAUAUAUUGUUUGCCUGUGCCACACGAGAAAAUGAGCAGGAAAAUAUAUUAUAUUGCUAUUAAAAUUAUUAAUAUUAUUAUUUUUAUGAUCACAUUAUUAUUACCAUUACGAUUAAUAGUAUAGUAAUACACGAUUAUUAUUAUUAUUAUUAUCAUUAUUAUUAUUAUUAUUGCUAUUAUAUGUAUUCAGGGAUCUUUAUUAUCUAGUUAUCACACUAAUUAUUAUUGUUACGAAAACUCAGCGAGCAGAUUUGUGCGCGUAAAGUCUAUUCUAGAGUGGACGCAGAACGCGGAACGCAAGCCGCAGCGUGAUAGCCAAUCAGAAUGAAGAAUGAUUUUCAGCGGAGGAACCAUGCGUUUAUGCGUCACGCUGCGGCUUGCGUUGCGUCUUGCAUUCUCCGUUCUGCAUCCAUUGUAGAAUAGGCUUAAUAUCGUAUUCGCGUUGAUGCGCGAGCGUAACGCUACAAAAUGCCUUUCACGACAGAGAAAAACUUUUACGGAAAGAACGAGCCAUAUACUAUAGAAGAUGAGUAAGUUCCAUGGAGCUUCGUUUGACGACUAUUGCCACGAGUUUACGACGGUUUUUAUCAAUUUCGAUCAUUUUGCCUUUUACACAUCAUCACUUUGUGCCUGUCGUUGCAAAAAAAGGUUUACGUUAAAUUAGAACUGGUGAUAAAGUGAUCCGCGUUAAUUUGAGAUUCGGUUAUUGUCUCUUUUAGUCGGAGAUGGAGCUGAUGAAAACCGGGUGAACCUCGUACUUGCAUCGCGAGACUAUCGUCAUGGGUAUAGAGUGCAAUAAAGUCAGGACACGCAGAUCAAUUUCGUUCUUAAUGUAUAAGAUAGAGCGUCGUCCCUUUGCUUCUCCCUUGUCACAAUCGUAUUUUACUUACUUUUACGUAUCUUUCUUUUUUCUCGUGCUUUCUGCAUUUAAAUCUAAACUUUAUUUAAUGCAACUAAUUGAUUAAACCGAUUAAAAUCCAAUAAUAGCAUUCGCGACUAUGUCCAUGGUCUUUACUUUGCAGAGCUUUUGCGUUUCGCCAUACUACACGUUAACAUAUAUUUCAGAGUUAUUAAUUUUUAAAUCUAAAGAUGUUUUCCCUCCCGAUAGUAUUUUCUGUGUAACGCGAUGCUUUGAUUUUUCUGUUCUUUUCGUUUCUGUUGAGACCAACGAGCUUUCUCAUUUAACUGUGAUAAUCACGUUACUUGGCGCAUCACAUCUACGACAGCUGCGAUUAAGCUGCAGUGUGUUUUCUCCUUUUUAUAUUUUUGUUUUGUUAAAUAAUUUUAGAAAAAUCGGUGGUAUCCAUCAAUCCGAAUAUAUAUUCGUACAAACUAGCUUAUCUCAUAUGUAAAUUCCUCUCACUCUCAAGAGACAAAUUGCGAUACUUGAAGAAAUGUGCGCCAAUUUAGUCCAAACUAUUCUUUCUCCGUUAUACUAAAUUUCUUCAUACUAAAUUAUCGAUGACUCUAUUUUUGCUUAAUAAAUCUAUUGAUCGCUUACUAACAACUGUGUGCAACUCCAUGCUGCCACUCGACCCCAAAGUUACCCUCUCAAUCGCGCCGGCGCGAUGGACAUAGAUUCUAACGAUGCUAAAAUAUGUUAGAGCAAAAUAUUUUCGCAUUGCUUCGUCGAAGAAGGAUCAAAGCAAAAAAGGAAAAGGAAAGAAAGAGAGAGAGAGAGAGAGAGAGGGAGCGUCAGGUAUUUUUAAGCAACUUUUACGUGUACCGCUGGACUUACGAAGUUUCAUACUUUUUCGAGCAUUUUCUUUGUACGUGUAUAUAUAAUCACACCGAUUCGCCGUGGCGGUAGAAUCGUAGUCUCAGGGUUGCAAACAAGCAAACACGAUACAAAAACCUAGACACAUACAAAAUAGCUAAGUGCGAAUAUAUUUGUCAAACAUUAUAAUGUUAGUAAUAAAUAUAGAUUUAAUAUGUGGCGAAGAGUGCGUAUUAUAUGUAUGAAGAUACCGAUACAUCGGGUUACGAAAUUUUGAAGAAAAGUUCGCAAAUUACGAAGACGGCAAUUGUUUGUUACGGAAAUGAAGGAAAUGUUGGAGAGAAAGAGAAAGAGAGAGAGAGAGAAGAAAA